CAUCUAACUUGCCGCACUUCGUUCGACACCCGAUGAUGAUCGGAUCUGACCCAACCAGCCAAAGGUGUGUUUUUGAUUCGUAUAUCGAGCCUUAGUACACUUCAGUUGGUACUUCAAUGACUUGACUUCUGAAGCUUGCCGAUGUCAUCGACGUUGCGGUGGCAGUGCAUGUUACUAGGAAUCCAGGCCACCAAGCCGCUGCAGCUGACCUUCUCGCUUAUGCAAUGCUCCUUGCAACCUGGAGAAUAUGAUCGUAAUGUCAGGUACAGUUUGAUCAAGCGGAAGCUCGGAAUCGAUACAGAGCAACCAUUUCCAUAGGCGGUGGCAUAUAAAUAUUAAAAUGAUCCUGCUAGUCGCCAAUACUCAGCACCCCUACUGUCAGCGAUGUCUACCACGAAAGCAGAUCAAUCUCUCGUUGUCCUUGGAGCAGGCGUCAUCGGGCUAACAAUUGCAUACCUCGCUGCCUUGACCGAAGACGUCUCAUUCAAUAUCAGGGUCGUCGCUAGAGAACUGCCCGCCGAAGACAUGGAUUCUCAAGGCUUGGAGAACAAUCAGGGCGCUAAUUGGGCUCCCAUGGAACUCGGAGGCAGGGAUCAACGAGUUAGGGAGUGGGAACAGAAAACUUUUAAUAAGUUAUGGGACAUGAUCCCAACUGGACUGGUUAAGCUAUUGCCUGCGAGGGCUUACGCCGCGCAAGAGGGAAACGCAUCGGACUUGUGGUGGAAAGACCUUGCACAGAACAUAAGGAUACUUCCGCCCUCUGAUAUCCCUGAGCCAUUCAAGGCUGGAGUCGCAUUCGAUACAAUUUCAGUCAAUCCAGUUGAAUAUCUUCCGUGGCUCCAAUCCGAACUGAUCUCCCGCGGAGUUACUUUUGAACGCAGGAACGUGAGGAGCCUGGACGAGUUGAGGAACCUGGUGGGGCCUGAUGGCAUUCUGGUGAACGCAUCUUCACUUGGUUCCAGGUCAAUCAUCGGAGUGGAAGACACGAAAUUGUAUCCCAUUCGCGGACAAACAAUCCUAGUACAUGCGCCAGGUCUCCAGGAGUGUUUGAUGGGCGAGUUAAAGACCGAGGAAGUUACAUAUAUCAUUCCCCGCCCUGGAACAGGUCAACCUGGCACCGCAAUCCUCGGUGGGACCUACCAGUCCAGGAGUUGGGACACCUCUUUGGACAUGCAGAUCGCGAAAAGAAUAUUUGAUCGCUGCGCGGCAUUGGCUCCUUGUUUGAAGAGUGCCGAGUCAAGGAUCAUGAAACAUAACGUUGGUUUAAGACCCGCAAGAGAAGGAGGACCACGAGUCGAGCUAGAGCGAAUCCCUCUGCCCUUGCAGAGCACGCAUGGCCUUGUUCCGUGCAAUGAGAGUCCCACAAAUGACCGUGACCAUGACCAAGGAUCCAUGCUCGUUGUACAUGCUUAUGGUUUUGGACCGGGAGGUUACCAGAGGUCUUGGGGCGCAGCAGAAGAGGUACUGGGGUUGAUCAAGGCUCAAGUUGCUUUGAAACGAACGUGACAUACGAACCUAAACGGAAGGGGGCACUACACUUGCAAGGGCUCGUCUGAAAACAUGACAGAAAUGGAAAAAAUGUUGACUACAAAUUACUGCUGGCAAACGCGUCCACGAGGUCCUGUGCAGUCAUAGGGUUGAUCACCGUACGAC